AUGCUGCAGGCGAGGCUCAGAACCGCGCAGAGACAGAUGAUGCGCUCCAUGGGGGGCGGCAUGCCGGGUGGCGCUCUGGGCGGUGUGCCGGGCGGCGUUCUGGGUAGCGUGCCGGGCGGCAUGCCGGGUGGCGUAAUGGGCGGCAUGGUGGGCGGCACGACUGGAAACACGGAUGAUAAGGUGGGUGAUGAGGUGAGGCAGCAGUGGGAGCAGCUGGGGCAGCUGAAGGCUGUUAUGUCACCGCAGAGGCAGAGGGAUCGGAGGGACGAAGACCACGGGGAUGAUGAUGAGGAGGAAGAGGACGGAGAGGGGGAAGGUGGUGGGAGUGGGAGGAGGAGAGGGAGGGAAGGCGCAGGUGGUAAUGCACGGCAGUGGUUUGGGGUUGGGAUGGGAGGGAGAGGGGCGGAUAGGGAGGAGGAGAGGCGAGAGUUUGUGGAGGCGAGGAGGAGGAGUGCGGCUGACGCUCUGAGGCACUUCAGGAGCAUGCGGGACGAGGGGCUGGUGCAACGGUUGCCACAGGCUGAGCUGAACCAGCAAACCGCAAUGCGGCAAAUUCUGGAAGGUCUCUCCCUCGCGGGAACAGCAGAGGAGGUAGAAAUGCCGGCAGGGGCUUUAAGAGUGCCGUUGCUGACACAUCAACGCAUGGCAGUGGCGUGGAUGAGACGCAGAGAGGCGUCCAUCCCUGCUGGGGGGAUACUGGCGGAUGACCAGGGGCUGGGGAAGACGCUGACCACGAUUGCACUCAUUGUGCUGGGGGUGCGGGAGGGCCGGGAGAGGGAGAGGAAGGAGAGGGAGAAGGGGAAGGGGGUUGCUGGGGAGGAGGGGCAGAUGCUGCUGCUGACAGGUGUGGCAGGUGCAGCAACGCCACCUGAGCUUUCUACAGCCGCCACGUCAGCAGCGGCCACGUCAGCAGCUGCUGCAUCAGCAGCUGCCACGUCAGCAGCGUGCGGUACAGGUGGCAGGGGCAAGCGUGUGAGCGGCGGCACGCUGGUGGUGUGCCCCACGAGCAUUCUACGGCAGUGGGAGCGGGAAAUACGCGAGCGCGUAGGUGCCCUGGGGGAUGCAGCAGGCACUGCUGCUGCUUCUGGUUCUGCUGGCGCUGCUGGCGGUGUGGGAGACGAGAGGUUGGCUAGUGGAACUGGGGAAGGAGGAGGGAGGAGAGGAGGAGGAAACACAGGAGUAGGAGGAAGAGGGGGCGGGGGAAGAGGGUUAUCGGUGCUGGUGUAUCAUGGGCCGGGGCGCACGCGGAGUGCAGCGGAGGUGGCAUCGUACGACGUGGUGCUGACCACCUAUGCCAUCGCCGCCAUGGACGUGGGGGGAAGUAGAGGCGGUGAUGGGGGCGAGGGGGGGAAGGGCAAAGGGAAAGAGCCCUCGUGGGAGGAGGUGAUGGGGAUUGGUGGGGGUGGUGGGGGCGGGGCGGGGGGGAAGAGGAAGGCGGGUGGUGGUGAGGGUGGGAGUGGGGGCAGUGGGGGGAGUGUGGGGGGGUCCGCUUGCGGGGGUGGCGUGGCAGCGAGUGGUGCUGGACGAGGCUCAGGCCAUUAA